AUGCUGCUGUUGAUCGUGUCUCUGCUGGGACACCCCGCGGUGCUUCUCUUUCAUGCGCUCCAUUGGUCCGUGGGGGGCCACUUCGACGCCGCGGCGCUGGAGGCUCUCAAGGGCGUGCUACCGGAGUCAGGCCAGGCACAACUGGAGGUGCUCUCCGCGGGGGCACCCGACUGGGCGGCGUGGCCGUAUCUCAAUGGCACGCUCCAUGCGGACUCGCGCCGCCUUUCCCAGCAGGAAGGCGCAGACGCUCCCUGGUGGGACCCCCGAUCCAGUGAACUUCAAUGGAUGCUGGCUGUGAUCAUCAGCGUCGUUCUGACGUAUGUCGGCGCCUUCCUCUACAAGCGCGGGAUCGUCGACAAGCGAGGGCCCUGGAAGGGCUGGGAGGGGAAUCCCCCCCUCAGCCUCGCGAUCGCAUGGAGCGGUGGCGUGUGGAGGUACACCUGCUGCGGCGACUGCUGCUUGCAGGACCACGUCUACUGCUGGUACGCCUGCCUCUGCCUCGGCGCCCGGCUCGGCGACACCUACACGGCGGCGAACAUCGGCGGGCCGGGCUACUUUGCGUACGUCCACGCCGUCGUGGCAGUCGGCUUGUCCGGCCAGCUCAUCGCCGUGGUGUGGAAGCUACUCAUGCCCAUGAUGGUCAGUUGGGACGGCUGGUCUGACGACAACUGGUCCGACGGCCUGAUGGGCACGGGCGCCUUCUUUUCGCACAUGUUGCUGGCGGCCUGGCUCGCUGGCCAGCGAAUGAAGCUCCGCGAGGCGCUCGGGGACCCGGCGCCCGAGAGUCGGUGGACCAAGGACUUCUGCUGCUAUUGGUGGUUCCCCUUCUGCAUGGCCGUGCAGGAGGGCAGGCAGGUGGACGAGAUCACCGAUGUGCAUACCAAGUGCUGCUUCCGAUUGGGUGACGGAAACCUGCUGAAGCCCGUCUGCGAGGACCUACGGCGGCCUGGACGGGCCCCCCCGACGAUGCGGCCCUCAGCCGUGGUCGGACAGCCGGUGGGAGCUCCCGCGGUCCCGGUGAUGCUGGGCACGGUGGGGAAGGCAGCAGACCAAAAGUAG